AUGUCUGACGAAAGUGAGUGCCUGACUAGUGCUCAAGUGGAUGAGUAUUGUGCGAGUCAAACAUCAUCUUCCACCCCGAGACCAUCUACCCCAGACAGUUCCUCUACUGCCCUUAUCGUGGGAGUUAUUGCGGGAUUUAUGGUGCUGAUUGUGGGCAUUGCUAUUGUGGUUGUUGCAAUAAUCAAGUUCUCCAUUGGCUUAAAGCACACUCAUAACCAAGUUACUGGGGACGAGUCUACCUCCCAAACAGCUAAGCAUGGCAAAACUGUACGAGAUGAUGAGAAGCCACUCAUCGGAUGCUGGUAGCUCUCAUUCGUCUCAAAGCAUAGUGUAAAAAGUGCUUGAAGAUGUCAAAAGAUACUUCAACUAACAAUAAUUUUAUUAACUCAUGUUUGUUCAAGUGAAUGUGGUACUAUUGAUGUUUGUUCAAAGUGAAGCUGAAAACUGGAUAGAGUAACCAAUAUUG